UAGGAGGAUGGGAACCUGCUGCUGCCGGGGCUGUGAGUGUGCCCGCUCCUCCCCGCUCUGUGCAGUAGUACAGUCUGCCAGGGGGAGGGAGAGCAGCAGCAGCACAGGCAUGCCAGACAGCUGAUUCCCAGCAGCAGCAGCGCACACAGCAGCCCAGCAGCCAGUAUCUCCCUGUCCCCGCUGCUGCAGUAGUCUCCGGAGCCGGCACCUGGCGCUGCUGUGCAGUAGCAUGAGCUCUGGUCAGGGGUGAGCGGCUGUGUGACAGAGGCUACAGCAUGGCGUUCAGUCCCUGGCAGAUGCUCUCACCCGUCCAGUGGGCAAAGUGGACGUGGUCAGCGGUGAGAGGAGGCGGAGGAGAGGGCACCGAGGAUGAGGAGGAACAUUCCCAGGAGUCGGGAUCAGACUCAGAGGGCAAUUUUGACACGCCAGAGGCAGAUACUCCAAUCCCAUCACCGGUGAAAGAGGCAAAUCGAGUUUUGUUUUCAGAAUCAAAGAAAGAUGUCGCCAAACUCUUAUCGGAAUUAUCUGUGACUGAUAACAACAACGUAUCCUGCAAUGGGAACUCUGGACAAGAUCUUGAUACAAAGCCAGAGAAGAAAACUGGUGACUGUGUUCUAGACAGAGUUCCAGUGGUUCCUGAUGUUUGCUCUGAUGUUCUGCUCACCAGAGCAUCAGCCAGUGAUGCCCAAGAAUCCACUGUAGAGAUGGUUCUUGCACCAGAAGGUUCAGCUGUAGAUAAUGUUCUCUUUCUAGAAUGUGCGCUUGAUGGCAAAGACAAUCCGCCUCAACAUAAAGUGGUGAAUGGAGAAAGCUCGGAGAACAGUGGGGAACAAUUUAGUAGCAACAAUGGCCUACAGACAGAGAGUGACUUUGCAGUGGAUCCUUCCAAGAGAGACUGUAAUGAUCUGGAGUCUAUAAUGGAAACAUCUGAAAAUGUCAACAAAGAUCUUCCAAGGAAAAUCAGGAAAUCUGGCAGUAAACUUCCAUCCAAGAAGCAAAAAGAUAAUGUCAACAGAACAACAAGCCUUGGGUGUCAGGAAAAGAAUGUGGAGACCCUUGCAAACUUGGAUGAUGUCCCACUUUCCAAGUCUUCCUAUAACUGUGAUCCAGACCAAUGGGAAGACCCCAAUUUCAACCCAUUUGGUGGAAAGUCUGCCUUGCCUCCAUCUCCAGUUGUCACACUAGCACCAACUGGAUUCAGCAAGGAGCCUACUGAUGGUUCUGUGGAUUAUCAUAAGGCAUGUAAUACCCUAUGCAGCUCAGAAACGGACCUUACCCAGGAGCCUAAAGCAAGUAAAGGAACUGGAAGUGCCAAGUCAUCGCCAAAGAUGUCAAGAUCGCGUCUAAUCACGAACAGCUGCAAAGUGCAGAGCUAUGAAGGAUCAAGUCUUGUGCUGGACGUCUGCACUCAGCAAGAGGAUGCUUCUCCUAGCAUUGAGAAGAGAGAGGGCCAUGCUACAGAUGAGGAGAAGCUGGCAUCUGUACCAGCCCCCAAACAGACUGGCACAGACAUCAAGUGUUCACAAGAGGAAGAGCAGGAGUUUUUUGAGUGCCCCAAUGACUCCAUGUCAGGCCCAGGAAAGCCGCUAGCCGUGGAUAGCCCUGCCCCUGCCUCCCCUAGAAGCUCACUGAGUGUGGGGGCUGGGAGUCCGAGUCCCCUGGAUGCCAUCUAUCUGUAUGAACAAGCCGCAGUGCUCACUCUCUUCAGAGAGGAGAUCAUUAUGAAGGAGAUUGAAGCAAAGGACUGGCAGACUAAGUAUGAGAAAAGUCACACAGAAGUGUUAGAGAUGAGGAAAAUUGUUGCUGAAUAUGAGAAGACGAUUGCACAGAUGAUAGAGGAUGAGCAGAGGAGUAAGAUGACUUCUCAGAAGGGUCUACAGCAGGUCACCAUGGAGAAGGAACAAGCCAUUGCUGACCUGAAUUCGGUGGAAAGGUCCCUGUCUGACCUCUUUAGAAGAUAUGAGAACCUCAAAGGUGUCCUAGAGGGCUUUAAGAAGAAUGAAGAGGCUUUAAAGAAAUGUGCACAAGAUUACUUGGCUCGAGUGAAACAAGAGGAGCAGAGGUACCAGGCCUUGAAAAUCCACGCAGAGGAAAAGCUAAACAAAGCUAAUGAAGAAAUUGCGCAGGUGCGCACCAAGGCCAUGGCCGAGAGUGCGGCUCUCACUGCAGGACUGCGGAAGGAGCAGAUGAAAGUGGAGUCACUGGAGAGAGCACUGCAGCAGAAGAACCAGGAGAUAGAAGAACUGACCAAGAUUUGUGAUGAGCUGAUUGCCAAAAUGGGAAGGAGUGACUGAGCGGUGAUCCUCCCACCACCCCGGAAUGACCUUCCCUGUGCCCACGCUCUUUUAUUCGGUGCCAAUCCGCAUGAGCCCUGUGACUUUAAGAGGCUAAGAAAACGUUGCCCUCCGAGUGGUGUACCCGAUACAUGUCUGUUUCCAUUUCUGGAGCGCACUGUGCAUAUGGUUUCUUAGUCAUGUGCUAACAUGAGUGGGCCCUUCCUAUUUUAGAUUUGUGUCUCCUAAGUGGCGAUUACUAUGGGCAGUAGAGUACAGGAAAGUGAUCCUUUUCCACCCUCCAGCAUGGUCAUGUGACGUCUCUACAUACCUGUAAAUGCAUACUGUACAUACUCCAGAAAUAUAAUAGCUCAUGUUGGUAUUGUGAUUUCUGUAUAACAUGUAUAGCAACACUGCCCCUCUAUAGCACUGAGCCAUUGAGACGCCUGUUCUCAGCAGUCACUCUGAUGAAAGGCUAAUUGAAGAACAGGAUUUUCUAAGCCUCUUAAAUAAUAGAACUGCAGUAAAAUGUGUUACUGAUAAACGGCUUUUUACUGUGCAGCAAAUCCUAUUUACAUUGCCAGCUGGAAGCAGGGAGGAUAGAUUUAUUAGGUGGAAGUUUUCAAUGAUAUUUAUACAACAGCUAGCAGCCCCACAGGUACACUUGCAGUGGCCAGGUGUCUUCGCUAGUGUUGGACUAUCUAUAUUUCAGUAACCAAGGGACACAUCACUGUACACUUUCCAUCCUACCUGAUGGAAACCUGCAUCAUCCUGGGAUCUCAGAAGAGGAUUGGUCAGGAUUUAACUGUGCCUAUAAUGAUGAUGAUACAAUAUUGGCUGGUCCAAUAGAUGGUUCAAAUAGUUGUCUGAGAGUGCUGCUGACCGGCUAUUUUUCAAAGACAUAAACACAUUGCAUUGUUAAAUGUAAUUGUAAUUGCCCAUAAUAUUUUAUAAAGGGAUGGUGCAAAUUCAGACAGCCCUCCCAUACUACUUAGCCAUCUGGCUACCCCCACCGUUGCCAGCCAUCAGCUGCCAUCUUGCCAUAUCGGACAGCAGGGAGAGGAGAACGAAGUUAGGCAAUUAAAAUGAACGGGGCUGCACAUGGUAUGCAGCAGCUGAUCGGGUUGGCUGUUGCUUCUGUCCAAUCGGCUUCCGCAUACAGGAUAUACCCAUGCAGAAGUGAGGUUGAAUUUCCCAGAUGUGUGCGGACAGUGCUCUCAUCUGCAGUCCGCCAGCACAGCCAAGUGCAGGCGAUUAUGGGGUUCCUUGUGAGCUAGGUCAGAGGUCAUGAGCUUGACCAAAAGCGGACAACCCAUUUAAGAAGCCAAAUAAGUAGAAUACAGCAACUUUACCCAGUCUUUAUAGGAUCACUGGGUUUCUUUGAAAUUUGUUACAUAUUUGUAGCCUUAAAAGUGCUCAUAUAUUUAUAUAUGAUGCUUCACACCUGAGAAAAUAUUGAUGUGAAAAUGGCAGCCAAGGCUUAAUAGCGUAGACAAUACCGUGUAGUCAUACACAUUUUUUAUUUAGCAUUUCCUUAUAGUAUGUUAGAGACACCCCCAAAAACAUACCAACAAAUAAAUAGAUUUGUAAUAACCUGACAUAAAGAGUGACGGAGACCUUCUAGGGUUAUACAUAUUCUGCUGCUAUCCUUGAUUGCAAAAAUAAAUAUAUAUAGAUAUAUAUUAAAGGAUAUAUUUUUCCAUAUAUACGUGGAAGCCAAAUAGCCUUUGCCUUUUGCGAAUCCCAGUCAUAGCUUGUUAUGAUAUAAUAAAAUCUGGCUUUGUAAAGCUAUAUAUUUAACAGCAGUAUAUUUUAUAUACAUCAAAUCUUUUUUUAUAUAUAUGUCCAGGUAAAUAUUUGAUUAUUCUCACACAGACAAGAUGAAAUGUUAACUAAUAUAUGAAGACAUAUAUAUAUAUUUUUCCUUGUUUGAUGUGUAUGUAUAAAUGGUGUUUCAAACUUG